UCCAAGAAUGGCGCCGCCGCUGCAAAAACUACCGCUGCUGCUUCUGUGUCUCAACUUCUGCAUGUACGCCAUCGUUGUGGGCAUCGGUGCUUGGAGCAUCAACAGAGCUAUCGACCACGGAUUCAUCAUCGGGAAAGGCUUUGAUCUGCCUGCGCAUUUCUCGCCUAUAUACUUCCCCAUGGGAAACGCAGCCACUGGAUUCUUCGUCAUCUUCUCUUUGAUUGCCGGGGUUGUUGGAGUUGCUUCGGCCAUCUCGGGGCUCAACCAUAUUCGUUACUGGGGCAUGGAUAGUCUCCCUGCAGCUGCUGCAGGCGGCACCAUUGCCUGGAGUCUUACAGUUCUCGCCAUGGGGUUUGCGUGGAAACAGAUCGAUUUGAGCGGCAGAAAUAGCCGUUUGGUAACAAUGGAAGCUUUCAUCAUAAUCCUGUCAGCUACGCAGCUCUUCUACAUCGCCCUCAUCCAUGGAGGUGCUGCGGGGGAGAGGAGAUGAACAUGAGAAACGACUUUGACAUUUAUAUGCUGUUGUGAUUCUUGUUCUUGUUUGAUCUUUGUUUCUAGGAGUUAUUUCCUUUUGUUUGUUUUUGAUUGUACGAAUAGAGAUGGAUUGAUUUGACUGAAUCAAAUCAAAUAAAAAGGAGUGAGUGCAUGAAUUAUGUUCAA